UAAACCCUACAUCGUCCUCGUUGAAGUCCCUUGGAGUCGCUGACUGAUUUGAAAGCGAGUCGGGCAUCCGAACCUUCACUAGAGGAGAGGUCGGAACUGAAGGAUGUCGGAAGUCAGUGCGGGCCCUGAAACACCACCCAACAUGACCAUCUACAUCAACAACCUUAACGAGAAGAUUAAGCUUGACGAGCUGAAGAAAUCGUUGCACGCUGUUUUCUCCCAGUUCGGCAAGAUACUGGAGGUGUUAGCUUUCAAGACUCUCAAGCACAAAGGUCAGGCUUGGGUUGUGUUUGAGGAUGUAUCCUCUGCUUCCAAUGCGCUUAGGCAAAUGCAAGGUUUCCCGUUUUAUGAUAAGCCCAUGAGAAUACAGUAUGCAAAGACUAAAUCAGAUGUAAUAGCAAAAGCAGAUGGCACUUUUGUUCCCAGAGAAAAACGCAAGAGGCACGAUGAGAAAGGCAAGAAAAGGAAGGACCAACAUGAUGCAAAUCAAGCUGGAAUGGGAAUCAAUCCUGCAUAUGGUGGUACAUAUGGUGCAACGCCUCCUAUCGCUUAUCCAGGUGGUGCAAAAUCUAUGGCUCCUGAGGCUCCUGCACCGCCCAAUAAUAUUCUCUUUGUUCAGAACCUUCCCACUGAGACAACUCCCAUGAUGUUGCAAAUGCUUUUUCUUCAAUAUCCUGGUUUCAAGGAAGUUAGAAUGGUGGAAACAAAACCAGGUAUUGCUUUUGUGGAGUAUGGAGACGAGAUGCAAUCCACGGUGGCAAUGCAGGCUCUCCAAGGCUUCAAGAUUACCCCGCAGAACCCUAUGUUGAUAACUUAUGCCAAAAAAUAGGUUUUUUGUGCUCUGCUAGAGAGAGGCCACCAUCAUAGGUCUAAUCCACAGCUUGAACUUAGUCAUCCGCCAAAUGGAAGCCUUCAUAUUCCCGGUUGCUGUAUCCUGAAAAAAGUCGCAGUUCCUGUAUGAAUGUAGUUAAGAGUAAUUUGAUCAUUUUUGCGGUUAUCUUCGAACUAACGGUUACGAGUUUAUUCCUGUAUGCGACAUGCUCAUACUGGACUGCAUCUCUCGAAGAAUAUAUUGGGUGUUUGAGACCAUCACUAUAUCUACAUAUGAUGUAAAUUCUUCAAGAAACCGUAUUAUUUUAAAGUUCUGUAUACUGUGAUGGUGUGACUCAUUUUAGAUUUUAGAUACGGGAGGUGUUUAGAUGGAAA